GUAUGGUGUUUGUUUACCAAAAUAUUGCCACCGUGAUUGUACAGCAGAACGAUUAAACACACCGUAAAUUAUUAUUCAAAGUAAGAACAAGACAUUAUUUAAGUUUGCUAUGCGUACAAAUAAAUCAAGCGUUCUCAGCGAGUAGGAGUAAUUGAACUACAUACAGCAGAAUCUUGAAAAACACUUGAAUGUGUAGUGCAAGAGUGCGUGCUUUACCGUGAGCAACAGAUCGCCGCAAUAGAAACGCUCUUUCGGAUAGCGUUCCACAAUGCCGAAAAAGAUGGGAAUCAACUCGAAGGCCGUCGAGGCCCGAGAACGGAAAGCUGAAGCGAAAAAGGCCGCCAACGAUAAGGCAGCCAAAGCGGCCGAGGAUGCCCUAUGGGCAGACGACGACAAGCAGUUGGCGAAGAAAAAGAAGCAAAAGGAGGAAGAGGAACGACGCAAGCUGGAAGCGGCCCGCAAAAAGGCCGAAACGAAAGCCCUGCUCGAGCAGGAGAUGAACUCCAUCAAGACGACGGCCAAGGUACCGGCUGCCAAGGUAACACGAUCUCAAAUUGAGUCCGAAAUAGAGAAGCGCAAUCGGGCCGUCGAAGCGUCAACUGCCGCCACACCCAAACCGAAACCCAUCGCGAAGGAAAUACCGCUCGAGGAGAAUCUGAACCGUGUGAUGGCGGACACGGAAGUAGCACAAACGAUCGAUCAAGCCAUUGCGGUGCUGAGCGUGGGCGAUUCGUCUGCCGCCGACCGGCACCCAGAGAAGCGUAUGAAGGCGGCCUACAAAGCGUACGAAGAGGAAGAACUGAAGCGUCUCAAGCAGGAAAAUCCGUCGCUGAAGUUGUCGCAGCUGAAGCAGAUGAUUUUCAAGAACUGGCAGAAGGCGCCAGAAAAUCCUAUGAACCAAAUUCGAGUCUGAGCGUGAUGCCACCGGUGCGGCUGAGCGAGCGUUUAAAAUGCUGCUGAAACAUGCUGGCAGGUGUGUCCUUUACUUAAGCUAGAGCAAUCCAUUUGCAAAACGGAAUACCUGUGUUGUAUCGGUGUCGGUCAUUUGUGUUACUCAGCGAUGAUGACAGACGGACGGUGGUUUAGUUUUGUAAUUCGAUUUAUUGUCUCAUUAUUUCUUACACAGUACGGAAUCGUUCCCUCUACACGGUCUACCGUUCGUAACUUACUGGCUAGUGAAGGUUUCUGUCGUACUUCUUAUCGUUUUCCGGACCUCCGGACACUUGCUUCCAUCCGCUCCUAAGACAAGCAUAUCGUAGAGGUGUUAUCUGUAGUUGAAUUUAAUGUUUUCCCCGCGUGCUUACUCUUCACUACAUGUUUUCAUUGCCAAAAGAAAACGGGAAUAUAAGACGAUCUAAAUUUGUUCAAUCGGAAUAAUUUACUCAUAGGAGAAAAUUCAAAAUUUGUCUGCCAUAUUAUACCUCUCUCAAUCAUCAGCAGUCGCAGCUGUUCGGUUUUUGUUAAUAAAUAAAUAAAUAAUUUAA